UCGCGCGUUUCGUUAUGUUGCUUUGUGUGACCGACCUAACAUCUGGGCAGAUUCGCUACUCUAUUCCUGAAGAAUUGGAACUGGGCGCUUUUGUUGGGAAUGUGGCUGAAGAUUUGGGGUUGAAGAUUCAGGAGCUGUCUCGGCGGAAAUGCCGUCUGGUCUCUGACAAAAGAAAGCAGUAUUUGGAGGUGAAGAUGGAGAAUGGGAUUUUGUUUGUGAAUGAAAGGAUCGACAGAGAGCAGCUCUGUGGGCAGGGCUCUGCCUGUUCUCUCUCCUUUGAGGUAAUUGUUGAAAACCCUUUGGAAAUGUUUCGUGUUGACGUGGAGAUACUAGAUAUAAAUGAUAAUUCCCCCAGCUUCCCCAGUAGCGUUUUUCCCUUGCAAAUAGCGGAGUCAAUGGCGCCGGGAGCUCGCUUCCCUCUUGAGAGCGCGCAAGACCCGGACACGGGCACAAACGCAGUCAGCACUUACCAGAUCAGUGCAAACAACCAUUUCAGUCUGAAAGUGCAGACAAGGAGCGGAGGUACUAAAGUUCCCGUGUUAGUGUUGGAUAAACAAUUGGACCGCGAACAGCAGUCAGUCUUUGAGUUGGUGCUGACAGCCUUUGACGGCGGCAAUCCACAAAGAUCGGGCAACGCUGAAAUCACUAUCUCUGUAUUGGACAAUAAUGACAACGCGCCUGUCUUUGAUCGCGAAUCGUACAGAGCCAAUUUAUUAGAAAACUCGCCCGUUGGAACAUUGGUAAUAAAGGUAAACGCCGCUGAUUUGGACGAAGGUGCAAAUGGUGAAGUGAAAUAUUCUUUCAGCAAACGGGCCUCGCAACAUGUGCGAGAAUUGUUCAGUUUGGAUGUGAACACUGGAGAGAUUCGAGUUCAAGGAGAUCUGGAUUUUGAAGAAACAAACCUUUAUGAACUUGAUAUACAAGCUAUGGACAAUGGCGCACCUGCAAUGGCAGGACAUUCAAGUGUUCUGGUAGCCCUAACUGAUGUAAACGAUAAUGUGCCCAAGAUACAACUGACCUCUGUGUCCAGCACCGUCCGUGAAGACAUUGUACCCGGGACUGUGAUAGCUGUGAUCAGUGACGACGAAGAUUCUGCAAAAAACGGACAGGUUAAUUGUCAGAUUCCCAAGAAUAUACCAUUUAAACUCCAAAAAUCUUCCGAAAACCAAUACAAAUUAGUUACGAGUGGUGUACUAGAUCGUGAGAAGGUUCCUGUCUACGAUAUUUGUAUAUCGGCCUGGGAUUCAGGCUCCCCACCUCUUUCAACUAAUAAAACAAUUCUGGUGUCAGUUUCUGAUAUCAAUGACAACGCGCCCCGGUUUGACCAGUCCUCAUACAAUGCAUAUGUGAUGGAAAACAACGCUCCCGGUGAUUCCAUUCUAUCAAUUACAGCUUUGGAUCCUGAUUUAGACCAGAAUUCCUACGUCUAUUCCAUCCUGGAGAAUUAUAUGUCGUCAUUUCCUUACGUCAGUAUUGACUCGAAAAGUGGGAACAUUUACGCGCUGCGCUCUUUUGACUACGAGCGGCUAAAACACUUUCAGAUCCAAGUUCAGGCGCGGGAUUCCGGAUCCCCGUCACUGAGCAGCAGCGCCGCAGUCAAUGUGAUUAUCUUGGAUCAAAAUGACAACGCUCCCGCGGUGGUUUCCCCUGUAACACGGAACGGAUCAGCAACCGUGGGUCCAGUGCCCCAGUCAGCACCAGCGGGAUACUUGGUGACCAAAGUAAUGGCGACUGAUGCUGAUUCUGGUCAGAACGCACGGCUUUCAUAUCAGCUGCUUAAAGCUACUGACCCCAAUUUGUUCAGCCUGGGACGCAAUUCUGGAGAAAUCAGAGUAAGCAGAACUUUAUUGGACAAAGAUGGCACCAAACAAAGUCUGCUCGUCUUGAUAAGGGACAACGGACAGCCCAGCCUUUCCGCCACAGUGACUGUCAUUGUUCCCAUCAUGGCCAACCUCACCGGACCCGAGUUUGAACAUAGCAACCUUCUCCAAACCUCUGAGGGUUUCUCUCAUCUCAAUCUGUAUUUAAUCAUCACUUUUGCCACGACUUCAUUCGUAUUUCUUUUGACCAUUAUAGUCCUAAUUGCUAUCAAAUGCCGCCAAGAUCACAACUUUACUGAUGGAUACAAGUCCGAAUUCUGCUGUUGCAGAUGGAGAAAUUCAAGGGAAUCUUUCACUCGGAGAUCCGCACCAAGAGAAUCCCUGAAUUACGAUGGAGUUAUGGAAGGUGCCCCCAUUCCCGGAAGCUACAAUUACAGAUUUUGCCUUUCUCCGGAGGCAUCUAAAAGCGACUUCCUGUUCUUGAAAACCUACAAUUCGACUUUACAACCGAGUACACUCAGAAUGACUGACACCCACGGGGCAAAGAAUGUGGCCAGGAAUUCACAGACAACGAGCGGCCGGACAUCAACAUGCAAGGUCGUGCGUUUUAUUGUCCUGCUUUGUGUCUCGGACCUGACUUCUGCACAGAUUCGCUACUCCAUUCCCGAGGAACAGGAGCGCGGCGCCUUUGUUGGGAAUAUCGCCGAGGAUUUGGGAUUGAACAGCCCGAAAUUGUCUGCUCGGAAAUGUCGUCUCGUCUCUCAAGACGGGAAGCAAUACUUCGGGAUAAACAUGGAGAAUGGGAUUUUAUUUGUGAAUGAAAGAGUCGACAGAGAACAGCUAUGUGGCGAGAGCUCCACUUGUUCCCUUUCUUUUGAGGUAAGAAUCGAAAAUCCUUCGGAGACGCAUCGUGUUGAAAUAGAGAUUUCAGACAUCAAUGAUAAUCCACCCGGUUUCCCAAAGAGCGAGUUAGCCUUGGAAAUCGCCGUAACGGCACCUGGAACGCGCUUCCCUCUCGAGAGCGCGCACGAUCCGGACGUGGGUAUGAAUACGGUCAAUAAUUAUCAGCUCAGUUCAAAUGAACACUUCUCGCUGAAAGUACAGACUAGAAGCAGUGGCAAUAAAAUUGUCGAGUUGCUCUUAGAGAAGCCAUUGGACCGGGAACAGCAGUCAACCUUUCAUCUUAUGUUAACUGCCUUUGAUGGCGGAAGCCCAAAGAGAUCGGGCACAGUUGAGAUCAUCAUCAGUGUAGGGGCAAAUGAUAAUGCGCCUGUGUUUGACCGUGAGGUGUACAGAACCGAUUUAUCGGAAAACGCACCCAAGGGUACCUUGGUGAUCAAAGUCAAUGCGGAUGAUUCAGACCAAGGCACAAAUGCCGACCUGACAUAUUCUUUCAGUAAACACGCCUCACGACAAGUGCGAGAGUUGUUCAGUUUGGACCCAGAGACCGGGGAGAUAAGAGUCCAAGGACCGCUGGAUUUUGAAAAGUCAAACAUUUACGAACUUGAUGUACAAGCGGUGGAUCACGGCGCACCCACGAUGGCGGGACAUUCCAGUGUUCUCGUCAGACUCACUGAUGUGAAUGAUAACAGCCCCGACAUACAACUAACGUCAGUCUCCAGCACGGUGGGUGAGGAGGCAGCCCCGGGGACUGUGAUCGCUGUGAUCAGUGUGACGGAUCUCGAUUCUGGCAAAAACGGGGAGGUUCAUUGUCAGAUUCCCAGAAAUGUUCCUUUCCAGCUCCAAAAAUCCCCAGAGAACAACUACAAGUUAGUCACAAGCGAUAGACUGGAUCGUGAGAAAGUUGACAGAUACAACGUGAACAUACUAGCCUGGGACUCCGGGUCUCCCCCUCUUUCUACCAAUAAAACAAUCGAAGUGUCAGUGUCGGAUAUCAAUGACAACGCGCCCCGGUUUGACCAGUCCUCAUACACUGCAUAUGUGAUGGAGAACAACGCUCCCGGUGACUCCAUUCUAUCAGUGACAGCUUUGGAUCCUGAUUUAGACCAGAAUUCCCACGUGUCCUAUUCCAUCCUGGAGAAUCCCAUACAGGAUAUGACGUCUUUUCCUUACGUCAGCGUCGACUCGAAAAGUGGGAACAUUUACGCGCUGCGCUCUUUUGACUACGAGCGGCUAAAACACUUUCAGAUCCAAGUUCAGGCGCGGGAUUCCGGAUCCCCGUCACUGAGCAGCAGCGCCGCAGUCAAUGUGAUUAUCUUGGAUCAAAAUGACAACGCUCCCGCGGUGGUUUCCCCUGUAACACGGAACGGAUCAGCAACCGUGGGUCCAGUGCCCCAGUCAGCACCAGCGGGAUACUUGGUGACCAAAGUAAUGGCGACUGAUGCUGAUUCUGGUCAGAACGCACGGCUUUCAUAUCAGCUGCGUAAAGCCACUGAUCCCAGUUUGUUCACUGUGGGACUGCAGUCCGGAGAAAUUCUUGUCCGAAAUAUACUUGACACUGACGCCCCCAAGGAAAGUUUAGUAAUCCUGAUUAAAGACAAUGGACAGCCUCGAUUCUCUGCUACAGUGACUAUCGGUUUCUCAAUCGUGGCUAAUGUGACCGGAAACGAUUUUAAACACAGCAACUUCCUAAAAAACUCUGAACGUUUCUCUGACCUGAAUCUGUAUUUGAUCAUUAUUUUUGGCACCACUUCGUUUCUGUUUCUGCUGAUUAUCAUGAUGCUUGUUGCCCUAAAAUGCCAUCAAGAUAGAAGCAUUGGUCGUGGGUAUGAUUCAGGAAUUUGCUGUUAUAGCAGGAAGGAGUCAAGGGAAGGGUUUGCUCGGAGGUCAACUGCAAGAGAAUCCAUGCAUUACCCUGGAAUGAGAGAAAGUGGCGCCAUUCCUGACGCGUACAAUUACAGAUUUUGUCUCUCCCCGGAAUCAGCUAAAAGCGAUUUUCUUUUUCUCAAAAGCUACAAUUCCACCUUACCCCAGAGCACCCUCAAGAUCACUGACACCAACGUGGUGAAGGAAUUUGACCAGCAAUUCAAUUCGGCGAUGAAAGAACUGGACCUCCUGCUCUGGGACCUUGCACUCGGCCAAAUACGCUACUCUAUUCCCGAGGAGAUGGAGCACGGCGCCUUUGUUGGGAACCUUGUGGAAGAUUUAGGGCUAAACGUGCGGAUGUUGGCGGCUCGCAAAUUCCGCCUGGUCUCCGGGGACAGAAAGCAGUAUCUGAAGGUAAAUUUUGACAACGGGGUUCUGUUUGUGAAUGAGAGAAUCGAUAGAGAACAGCUGUGUGGACAGAGCUCCACCUGCUCGCUACCUUUUGAAGUCGCGGUUGAGAAUCCCAUGGAAAUACAUCGCGUCGAAGUGGAGAUAGCGGACAUUAACGAUAAUUCCCCCAGUUUUCCGAAAAGCGAUUCUUAUCUGCAAAUCGGUGAAUCGAUCGCUCCAGGAGCGCGCUUCCCUCUCGAGAGCGCGCACGAUCCCGACAUCGGCGUCAACACUGUCAGCUCUUACCAAAUCACUUCAAACGAUCACUUCGGGUUGAACAUCCAGGCGAGAAACGAUGGCAGUAAAAUUGUCGAGCUAUUGUUGGAAAAGGCUUUGGAUCGCGAGCAACAGCCAUUUCUACUGCUCGUCCUGACGGCCAUUGACGGUGGAGUCCCGCACAGAUCUGGCACAACGGAGAUUAGUAUUGCUGUAUUAGAUGCCAAUGAUAAUGCACCUUUAUUCAACCAUGAAAUAUAUAGGGCAAGUGUACCAGAAAACGCACCAAAGGGGACAUUAGUGACACAAAUCAACGCUGCCGAUUUAGACCAGGGUACAAACGCUGAGAUAAAAUAUACAUUCUCCAAACAUUCAGCCGAAAGGGGGCGCGAGCUUUUCCAGUUGGAUUCGGAAACUGGUGAGAUAAAAGUUCAAGCAGGUCUCGAUUUUGAAGAGGCAAAUAUUUAUGAACUUUAUGUACAAGCGACAGACAACGGCGCACCUCCGAUGGCGGGUCAUGCCAAAGUUGUUGUCAACCUAAUCGAUUUGAAUGAUAAUGCUCCUGAGAUAAAAUUAACUUCAGUCACCAACGUGAUCACUGAAGACGCCACACCUGGUACUAUAGUGGCUGGUAUAACUGUUACUGAUGUAGAUUCCGGUGAAAACGGACAGGUCCGAUGCCAGAUCCCUACUUCCAUUCCAUUUAAACUUCAAACGUCUCCAAACAAUCAAUAUACGUUGAUGGUGGGUGACAUACUGGAUCGUGAAAAGCAAUCUUCGUACAACGUGUCCAUUUCAGCCUGGGACGGUGGGACUCCUCCUCUUUCAACAAACCAAACCAUCGUGGUGACGGUUUCUGAUGUGAAUGACAACGCUCCAGAGUUCACGCAAUCUUCCUAUAACGUUUACCUGAUGGAGAACAACACUCCCGGGGCCUCCAUAUUUGCAGUGACCGCUUUAGAUCCGGAUGGGGACCAGAAUGGGGAAAUCUCCUAUUCUGUUGUGGAGAACCAGAUCCAAGACGUGUCUGCCACCGCUUACAUCAGUAUCAGCUCUAAGAGUGGUAACAUUUACGCACUGCGCUCCUUUGACUAUGAACAACUGAAGCAUUUCCAGAUCAAAGUUCAAGCUCAGGAUGGUGGGUUUCCCCCAUUGACCAGUGUUGCCCUCGUGAAUGUUAUAAUCCUGGAUCAAAACGACAAUGCGCCAUUUAUUGUUUCAGCUAUAACAUGGAAUAACUCCACAGCAGUGGAGAUACCACUACGGUCAACAUACCCAGGUUAUUCAGUCACUAAGGUGUUGGGCACUGAUGCAGAUUCUGGUCAGAACGCACGGCUUUCCUAUCAGCUGAUGGAUGCCACUGAUCCCAGUCUGUUCAGUGUGGGGCUGCUCACUGGAGAGAUCAGAACACUGCGAAGAUUGUUGGAGGAAGACGCCACCACACAGAGUCUGGUCAUUUUGGUGAAGGACAAUGGGCAGCCCAGCCUGUCCAGCACGGCCACUCUCCUCUUCUCUCUCCUAUCCAAUGUCACUGAUAUUUUGCCUGAACCAAGUGACCUAUCCAACAAACGGCAUUAUUUUUCGAAUCUAAAUCUUUAUGCAAUCGUGGGUUUAGGAUCAACUUCCUUUAUAUUUCUUGUCACUAUAAUUCUGCUGGUCGCCAUCAAAUGCAAACAAGACCGAAAUAUCUCCACAGUUUGUUGCUGUUUGGGCCAGACAAUUUCUGAAGAUAAUUUUAGUCGAAGGUCCGCACCACACCAAGCUGUAAAUUAUACUGGAGUUGGAGCUGAACCUUACCAUUAUAGCAUUUGCUUAUCCCCAGAGUCAUCCAAGAGCGAAUUUCUAUACCUGAAGCCCUACACUGCCACAUUGCCCUACAGUGAUGUCAGUGUCAACAACACAACUGCCAGACACGAAUUUAAACAUACGAGUUCGCGGAGUUCAAGGUUUCACAUUAAUGUCGGUACUUUUGAUGGGUGGAAAUAUAAAUUUCGAGUUGAGGAAGAAGCUCAUCGCUGUUGGGAACAAAGAAAAUCGCAUCGCAGAAGAAUGGCGAAUGCGCUCAGCUGCGGGCCGGCUUUCAUUUUGCUGUUGUUUGUGUCGGACCUGGUAUCGGGGCUAAUUCACUACUCGAUUCCCGAGGAACUGGAGCAAGGCGCCUUUGUUGGGAAUAUCGUUAGAGAUUUAGGAUUAAACGUUGAGAGAUUGCCGGCUCGCAAGUUCCAGCUCGUCUCUGAUGACAGCCGUCAGUAUCUGAAGGUAAAUUUUGAAAACGGGAUUUUAUUUGUGAAUGAAAGAAUCGACAGAGAAGAGCUGUGUGGACAGAACCCGACCUGUUCCCUUUCCUUUGAAGCAGCGGUCGACAAUCCUUUAGAAGUGCAUCCUAUUGAAGUAGAGAUUGUGGAUAUUAAUGAUAAUUCACCAAGAUUUCCAAGAGAUGCAUUUUCCUUACAAAUAUAUGAAUCAAAUGUGCCGGGAGCGAGCUUUCCUCUCGAGAGCGCCUAUGAUUCUGACGUGGGCGUGAAUACAAUCAACAUUUACCAAAUCAGUUCGAACGAUUAUUUCGGCCUAAAAGUGCAAACGAGAAGCGAUGGCGGUAAAAUUGUCCAGUUAUUGCUGAAGAAGGCUUUGGAUCGUGAACAGGAGUCAGCGUUUCAGCUUGUCCUGACGGCCAUUGAUGGCGGAAAUCCGCACAGGUCUGGCACAGCUGAGAUUAUUAUCAAUGUUCAAGACACUAAUGACAAUUCUCCUGUUUUUGAUCGUGAGAUAUACAGAGCAAACAUUCCAGAAAAUGCAUCAAAGGGAACCUCAGUGAUACAAAUCAACGCUGUCGAUUUGGACGCAGGUAUAAAUGCUGAUUUAAACUACACCUUUUCCAGUUAUUCUUCCAUAAGGGGGCGCGAGAUUUUCAAAUUAGAUUCCGAAAGUGGUGAGAUAAAGCUUCAAGGUGUUCUCGAUUUUGAGGAGACCAAUGUUUAUGAACUUUAUGUACAAGCGACAGACAAGGGAACGCCUCCAAUGGUGGGGCAUGCGAGAGUUAUUGUCAAAAUAACCGACGUGAAUGAUAACGCUCCUGAGAUAAAACUGAGCUCGAUAUCACGUGUGGUUCCAGAAGAUGCUGCAACCGGGACUGUGGUGACUGUGAUAAGUGUAUCGGAUCGAGAUUCUGUUGAAAACGGACAAGUUCACUGCAAGGUUCCCAUGAACAUCCCAUUUGGACUUCAAACGUCUGCCAACAACCAGUACAAAUUGGUUGUGGGUGAGACAUUGGAUCGAGAGAAGCAAUCUUCGUAUAACAUCUCCAUUCUCGCCUGGGACGGAGGAACUCCGCCGCUUUUUGCAAACAGAACUAUAUUGGUGACGGUUUCUGAUGUGAAUGACAACACUCCAGAGUUCACGCAAUCUUCCUAUAACGUUUACCUGAUGGAGAACAACACUCCCGGGGCCUCCAUAUUUGCAGUGACCGCUUUAGAUCCGGAUGUGGACCAGAAUGGGGAAAUCUCCUAUUCUGUUGUGGAGAACCAGAUCCAAGACGUGUCUGCCACCGCUUACAUCAGUGUCAGCUCUAAGAGCGGUAACAUUUACGCGCUGCGCUCCUUUGACUACGAACAACUGAAGCAUUUCCAGAUCAAAGUUCAAGCUCAGGAUGGUGGGUUUCCCCCAUUGAGCAGUGUUGCCUUCGUGAAUGUUAUAAUCCUGGAUCAAAAUGACAAUGCGCCAUUCAUUUUUUCACCUGUAACAAGGAAAAACUCCACAGCAGUGGAGAUACCACUACGGUCAACAUACCCAGGUUAUUUAGUCACUAAGGUGUUGGGCACUGAUGCAGAUUCUGGUCAGAACGCACGGCUUUCCUAUCAGCUGAUGGACGCCACUGAUCCCAGUCUGUUCAGUGUGGGGCUGCUCACUGGAGAGAUCAGAACACUGCGAAGAUUGUUGGAGGAAGACGCCACCACACAGAGUCUGGUCAUUUUGGUGAAGGACAAUGGACAGCCCAGCCUGUCCAGCACGGCCACUCUCCUCUUCUCACUGCUAUCCAAUGUCACUGAUAUUGUGCCUGAACCAAGUGACCGAAUCAGCCCUCGGGGGAUUUUUUCGCAUCUAAAUCUUUAUGCAAUCGUGGGUUUAGGAUCAACUUCCUUUAUAUUUCUUGUCACUAUAAUUCUACUGGUUGCCAUCAAGUGCAAACAAGACAGAAAUAUCACUAAAGGAUACAACUCCAGAGUUUGUUGUUGUUUGGGUCCGAGCGUUUCUGAGGAUAGUUUUAAUCCAAGGGCUGCACCGCAUCAAGGUGUAAGUUAUACUGGAGUUGGAGCUGAACCUUAUCAUUAUAGCAUUUGCUUAUCUCCAGAAUCUUCCAAGAGCGAAUUUCUGUACCUCAAGCCCUACACUGCCACAUUGCCCUACAGUGAUGUCAGUGUUAACCAUACAAUCGCCAGACACGAAUUUAAACAGUAAUUGGGUAAUUCAAGUGAUAGCUAUUUAUUGCUGUGAAACAAAAACAUAUCCAUGGUAACUGGAUAUAAAUUUUAGGCGUGCGUAAUGACCAAGUUGAUACUCAUACCUGCUUUUAUGGUAGUAAAAUCUCUAUUGUUCCUAUGUUCAUACAUCUGCGACAAAUAUCAUUCUUAACAUAUAUUGCUUGAUAUUCUAAGUGUUUUCAAUUUGGUGUAGACUCUAUUAAUGUCUGAGAGAUGUUGGGGAAUAUUGUGAAGGCAACAAUUUACUCGCAUGCCAUUAUUUCCAAGUUGAAUUGCUGGCAUGGGAUAAAAUGUACCAAGCAGUGGACAGCAGUGUGUUUCAGGAAUAUCAGUGAAUAUAUGUAACUGGU